GGCAGCUGAGCAGAACUCGAAUUACUGGCAGCUGGCGAAGUUUGGGGCGAAAAGCAGUGGCUUACCGUAGGUUUUCAUCCGGCAACACGGCCGAGAGGUGCAGGAGCAGAUUGCUUGAUUGGUGAAUCACUCCCCAUGGCGUCUGCGCAGAGGCUGCUUUCGAGGCACUUGUGGUUUGCCGGAAGGUGUUCGCUCUGCAGGCAGUUGCAUACCUCGCCGCUCGAGGGUUUGUCAAAUGGCCAGUCAUUUUCUCAAAGCUCAAGCACAUUCAGCGUCCCUGAGCCACUAGGUCGUCACAGGGAGCCUCUAAGGGUGCAAACCCUCGCAAGGGCCUCAUAUUCAGAAAGAGCGAGAAACGAGUAUGGAGGGGCGGGCGUGCAGGCGGACCGUUACCAAGACCGUUACCAAGAUGGUGGAUCUGAUGAUGAGAUGGAUAGAGGUGGUCCAAGCAGGAGAGGCGGGUUUGAGGACGGCGAGGGGGGAUCAAAAUCAUUCAGGGGGUGGGGAAAGUUCUCAAAGCCAAGCACAUGGGGGACCAAGACAAAAAGGGUUUGGAAGCCCAAGCAGCCACCGUCAUAUGCGGAGGACGACCGGCUCGAGGCUGACGACCUAUAUCCUGUCCGGGAACCAGUGCAAAGAAGCCGGCGGUUCAGUAUCGACAAAACCAAACCCGAAAGCGAUUUUGAUUACACGAGGAGAGAAGAAAAAGUGUCGGAGAGUGGAGAUGAAGUGCGGCGGAAAGUUUUCGGGGUUCGAGAGGAGGUUUCCCAAAGUGCAUCUGUUGUAGGCGAAGAGCGUUUGGAUACGAGCGAGCGGAAAUAUGGGGUACGGGACCGUGUGCCGGGAUUACGGAGUCAGGUUUCUGAAACCCGGGGGAUAACCGAGCGGAAGAAGGACGUGAUCAAAAAGGAGUAUAAGCGUCCGGGGCGCAUUCACACCGAGCAGGACCGGCAGCCGUGGGUGAAGGGGGAACCGCGGGGUGAAAUCCCCCAGCAAGUUUUUGGCGGCUUAAGGAGACAAAGUAGCGGACUAGAGGGGGAGGACGUUGGAAAUGAGGGGCCGUCAGCUUCAAGGGAUCUGGAGUGGGGGCAGCAAAUAGACUUCAAGGUGUACCAAUUUACCCCCCUGGGGAUGAGAGUGAUUAUCCGGGGGGGAUACGACGGGCUUGUGUAUAAGGACCAGAUGGAACUGUACGGAAGGGACAGGAUCGAGAUUGGGGACGUGAUGAAGGGGUGGGUGUUCAAGAUCAGGGACGACGACAAGGUGGACGUCUCCUUACGGGCGUUCGGAGCCGCGCAGUAUGAAGCCGACAAGGCAUACCUAGAAGAACAGCUCAUCAUCUAUGGCGGUUUCAUUCCCCUAAAUAGCAAAUCCCCGCCGCAAGAGAUUGCUGCCAAAUUGCAAUUGACAAAAUCCGGUUUCAAAAAGGCGGUAGGUGGUCUCAUGAAGAUAGGGAGGGCAAUUGAGACGGAUGAGGGGGUCGUAUUGGUCGAAGACGAUGGUACAACAGCCAGUGCAAGGACGUGAUCACUCGAUGGAUGGUCGUUAGUAUCCAAUGGUUUCUAGCUCUGCUGUAGCACGCAUGUGCCUAGUAGAAUUAAGGCACACAGCUGUCAUCAUGUCUGCAUACCAAGCGCCCGGUGGUCACAUACCGUACUAGAAUUAAUUGCACAUGCCGUGCAUAGCAAGCCA